AUGGCUAGUGACUGUGAAAGUGACAACUCAUAUGACAAUGAUGACUUAUGUGAUGAAAAUGAAGAAAAUGAAGAUAUUCAAACACUUCUUUUAUGUGGGCUUGCCGUCAAAGGGUUACUAAUGACUCAUAAAUUGAAAUAUGUAUGUAGACGUCGCCGUUCAUCUUCGCGCACAGGAAGCAUGCUAAUCAAUGAAAUACUUAACGAUCAUGAGGCCCGAUGUUAUCAACUUUUCAUAUUAGAAGUCCCGGUUUUCAACAUGUUAUGUAGGGAUCUUGUUGCACAUUAUGGGUUGAAGAAAUCACGUCGUGUAUCUACUGAAGAGUCCUUUGGUAUUUUCUUGUUGUACUUAGCGCAUAGAUGUGGAAAUCGAUUAGUUCAAGAGUUCUUUAAUCAUUAUGGGGAAACAAUCCAUAGACAUUUUCAUAAAGUCUUGGAUGUUGUGGAUUGUAUUGGUGCCAUCGAUAGAACACACGUGAAGGCCUCUGUUCCGCAACGUGACCAAAUCAAAUACAUUGGACGAAAGAAUUGUGUUACUCAAAAUAUUAUGGCAGCAUGUGAUUUCAACAUGUGUUUUACCUUUGCGUGGGCUAGAUGGGAGGGGAUUGCACAUGACACGAGAAUUUUCAAUGAAGCGCGAAGGAGAUGUGAAGUUAAGUUUCCACUUCCAGCCGAUGGUAAGUAUUACCUUGUAGAUGUCGGAUAUCCUAAUACAAAAGGUUAUCUUGCUCCCUACAAAGGACCCGAUGAUGGUGUUGAGCCACAUGACGAAGUAUCAAGUAUACAGCGUAGAAGUGACGAUAUGUAUAUGAGUGCAGUACGCGAUAUGAUUGCGGGACAAAUAUUAUCAAGGUCAAACACUCGUGCACGUAACGGCACUAGAAAGAUAAUGAAGACAGUAGAUGCGUCGCUGCUGCUGGUGGUCAGUGACGGCGUCACCGGAGUGCAGGAAUAUCACCAAAGCUUCACCAGACUACCAGUGCUCUAUAAUCGUCUUUCCAAUGUGCAAAAUUUUGAUGGGUUUGGUGGUGCUAGAGGCUUUGCACGUGGAAUGGGUGGACGUGGUUUAGCUUCUCUCUUUUCUUGA